UUGUCUGCAAGAAAAACCAUGUGGAACCCCGGAAACAACCCAGUUCCCCAGGUCUUCAUCGAUGUCCUUCUCGAUGAGGAGGAAGCCGAAGAAGUGGUCAUGGAGGAAGAGGCGGUCAUCGAUGAAGAGGUUGGGGAACAAGGUGACUGGGAUGUAUCUAACAUGCCAAUGUACUACAUGCGGUCCGACGGGUCAUGGGGGGACCUGUUGGAGUUGGUGGUAGAGACUGCGGAGGUAUCUGGGUCACCUGCUCCGGCUCCGGCUGCAGCUCCAGUGGCUGCUCCGGAGGCUGUACCAGGCCCCGCACCCCGCAGAGUGGAAGGGUCACCUGCUCCGGCUCCGGCUGCAGCUCCAGUGGCUGCUCCGGAGGCUGUACCAGGCCCCGCACCCCGCAGAGUGGAAGGGUCACCUGCUCCGGCUCCGGCUGCAGCUCCAGUGGCUGCUCCGGAGGCUGUACCAGGCCCCGCACCCCGCAGAGUGGAAGUAAGUAUAACAAAACAUCAGUAA